AUGAAGCAAUAGAAGAAGAGCUGUUCUUGAAGGUAUGGCUUCACUGAUCUCCGUCUUCUUCUCCACAGCUCAAGCUCCCAGUCCAGCUAUUUCUCGCUCUAGGAGAUCAUCUCAAUUCUGCAAUUCCAAAUCCAUCUAUCUUCAUAGAAACCUCACAAAUCGCGUCUCUCCAAUUCCAUCGGCAGUUAGUAAUCGCUCGCACGGCGAUUCUUUAUCCUCCAAGCAUCAGUUUCACUCGAUCAAUUUCUUUAUCGGCGGAAUUCCUCUCGCUUUCUCUUUCGAUUCAUUAUUCGUUUUAUGUACGUCGAUAGCCUUGUCCUUGGCUCUCUUUAUUACGGACGUCGAUUCUGCUUCAGCUUUCGUAGUCACUACACCGAGGAAGCUGCAGUCUGAUGAGCUAGCUACAGUUCGCCUUUUCAAAGAGAAUACUCCUUCGGUUGUUUAUAUAACCAAUCUCGCUGUUCGGCAGGAUGCUUUUACAUUGGAUGUGUUGGAGGUACCUCAAGGGUCUGGCUCAGGAUUCGUCUGGGAUAAAGAUGGUCAUAUUGUCACCAACUAUCAUGUGAUUCGCGGGGCAUCUGAUCUGAAGGUGACUCUUGCUGACCAAUCCACUUAUGAUGCGAAAGUAGUUGGAUUUGACCAAGACAAGGAUGUUGCUGUGUUGAGCAUAGAUGCCACUGCAAAAAAACUGAGACCAAUACCUGUUGGUAUUUCUGCGGAUUUGCUUGUUGGCCAAAAAGUGUACGCCAUAGGGAAUCCUUUUGGCCUAGACCACACACUUACUACCGGUGUAAUAAGUGGACUUAGAAGAGAAAUCAGUUCUGCAGCCACUGGCCGUCCAAUCCAGGAUGUUAUCCAAACGGAUGCUGCUAUAAACCCUGGGAACAGCGGAGGGCCACUCCUUGAUAGUUCAGGGAACCUUAUAGGGAUAAACACAGCUAUUUACUCACCUUCUGGUGCAUCAUCUGGUGUUGGAUUUUCAAUUCCAGUUGACACGGUAAGUGGAAUAGUUGAUCAGUUAGUGAAGUUUGGGAAAGUGACUAGACCCAUUUUAGGAAUAAAAUUUGCACCGGACCAAUCUGUUGAACAACUGGGAGUUAGUGGGGUACUUGUUUUGGAUGCUCCUGCCAAUGGACCUGCUGGAAAAGCAGGCUUGCUGUCAACAAAACGCGAUGGGUAUGGAAGACUGAUUUUGGGAGAUAUCAUAACAUCUGUAAAUGACAAAAAGGUUGCAAAUGGUAGCGACUUGUACAGAAUACUUGACGAGUGUAAAGUGGGCGAGAAAGUAACUGUUGAAGUGUUACGGGGAGAUCAUAAAGAGAAGAUUCCAGUAACUCUCGAGGCAAAGCCUGAUGAAUCAUAGUACCUCAAUGAUCGACAACAUAUCCCCAGUCAGUAGUAAGAAGUACAAAUCUUGUGAUUACUACUUAUUUAUCAUUGUUGUAUUAUAUUAAUGAUUGAUUGUUCAUUGUACAUAUUAUUAUCAUGGGGCUUAAUUAUUUUUCAAAUGCAGUGUUGUUGUUGUUGUUUCUACUA